CCGGAUACUGAUCACUCAUUGGCUGAGGAGGGGCGCAGUGGAUCCAUGACCUGGCAUCCUUCCUUCUCUCCCCCACCAAGCCAACUCCUUCUCUCCCUCCCCACCGACUCUCUCCCUCUGCUGCCGCCCCUUCCUUCUCUCUGCCCCGAUCUCUCUUCUCUCACUCCUCCCCCGUCUCUCCUCCCCUAUCCUCCCUGUCUCUCCUCCCCCAACCAGCCACCAACGGCCUAUCCCUUCCCUCCUCGGAGCCCCUCCUCUCCUUCGAGCACCGGCCGCCAACGAAGGCCGUCGGCCCCAGAUCCGGCCGCCCCAGCCCGGAUCCGGCCGCCUCCGGCCCCUGCCAUCACCGACGGGGAGGGCGCCGCCGUGGACAGCUCGCGCCGCCAUGGAGGAUCCGGCCCCGGUCGUGCCCUGCGCUGCCUCUUCCGGUCUUACAUGGGGUCGUCGCCGGACCAGAUGAAUUUCUACGUGCUGGGCGGAUGUGUUGAUUUACAUGUUGAUAUUUGUUUCUAUGAUUUGUUUCUGUGUACAAGAUAAACAUAUCGUGAUUCACAUGUUGAUAUUUGUUUCAUAUAUGUUGAUCUAUGUCUGGAUUUUUUUCUUAUGUGUCGAUCUAUUGUAUCCAAAUUUGUUUCUGUUA